GCGCGCCUCCGCCUCUUUUCCUCAUUUAAAACCGAUCUGGAGUCUGAGAUCUGCCACUGAGUCCUCUGAGGGGAGCAGGAUCUGGUUUUGCACAGAAGCUUUUGGCUGAGUUGUGUUGUUUUGUUUAGUCCUCCUGUUCCGGACGCGCCACCAUGACGCACAUAGCUCCUCUCCUCUCUCUCCUUCUAACAUCCUCCCUCCUGCGAUGGGGGGCUGCAGAGGCGUCCAUCCUCUGCACCUGGACCAGAGUUCUCCCCAACGAGCAGGUGCACUACACCUUCCUCCGGAGGGACCCCCUGCAGGCCUCUCAGUCCAUGCGGCUCUAUAACAGCGCCUGGUCCGGCCGCGUCCUGCUGAGCUGCGCCUGGAGCGAGCACGCGGCGGUGGUCCAGAACUACUUCUCUCUGUGCCAGGAGCGCACGCACGAGUUCGUGAAUGAUGCAGAUCCAGAGAGCUUCAAUGUGGACGUCAUGUUUGAGGGGGAUGACACGUGCGUGUCCGUGGAUGCUCCAGACGCCGGGGGGCACGCGGAGAAGAGGUCAGUGAGGAGCGUGGGGGGUGCAGCGCAGCCUGAGAGGUCAGAGGUCAGGAGCCACCAGCGUGUGAAGCGUGGGUUCAUUGUACCGGGGACCCUGUGGUGUGGGUCUGGGAACAAGGCGCCUUCAUAUGCAGACCUGGGUGUGUUUGCAGACACAGACAGCUGCUGCCGUGAACACGACCAGUGCCAAGACACCAUCCUGUCCUUUCACUCACGGUUCGGCGUCUUCAACAGCAACAUCUUCACCAUGUCUCACUGUGACUGUGACAACAAGUUUCACCGAUGUCUGAUGGAGGCCAACGACAGCAUAUCUGACGUUGUUGGAUAUACCUUCUUCAACCUGCUGAAGAUGCACUGCUUCGAGUUCUCCCACAGACUCCAGUGUGCAGAGAGGAACUGGUUCGGCAUGUGUAAAGAAACCAAGAUGGCGCUGUAUGCCGAGGUUCAUCCGCCCACUCUGUACGAGUCUUCAAAUCCAAAUGCAGUCAACAUUAACGGCUCCAUCAUAAACGCCACCUUACCCAGAGAACUCCUGGAGAACAGCACGCUAAAACCAAAACUCCCCUCCAACACUGCUGCAGCGUCCACACCUCCACCUUUAAUCAGCUCCCCCUCCGCCUCCAUCACCAGCAUCAACAAUAACAUCACAGCAUCAGAGCCAGACCGCCUCCAGAACUCUAUACCCACCAACAAUGGGACUCUGCUGUCUCACCUGGAUGUUGACAUCAGAGAGAAGCAGAUGUUGUGUGCUGUGUAUAAAGAUCUGGACGAGUGCAGGGACAAGAUCCUGCCUCAGCAGAAGAGGUACGGACUCCACAACCUGGAGACGAAGACGCUGUACCACUGCAACUGUACAUCCAGGUUAUUCCAGACUUUGGUUAAACAGAGAAAGCUGACCGAAGUGCAGACUCUUCUUCUGGGACACGUCUCUAAAUCCUGCUUCCUGAUGCAGGACUGCACAGCUGAUCACAUCUGCACAGCAGUUCUGGUGAAGGCACAGCUUCCUCUGCUGGACAACAAAGGCAGCCUAGACAUGGAGGAGCAGCGCCAUCUACAGGCCGUCAGGCUGAAGGUCAGGAGGCCAAACAGCAGGAGAGCCAAGAGGAAAGACAGAGCAGUCAGGCUUCACAAACUGUGUCUCAAGAUGAACCGAGCCAAGCACAACAAGAUCAGCCGGCUGUGAGCAGGAGGAGCUCGUCCUGAUGUCAAUAAUAUGGAGGGUUUGAUAUGACAUAGAGAAGUAAGACAUUAUGCAACAAACAACGUAUGAAUUAAUAGCCUGAUUUUGACCAAAAGAAUCCAAAGCACCUUAGUUUCAUCAAAAUUAUUUGGGUGAUGUCUUUUUAUUUGGGUGUAUUGAUAGUAUAGAUGGCUGCAUAAUGUCUGAUUCAGUCAGUAUUGGACAUGUUGGUCCCCAUGUUGCAGUAUUUUGUGUACAUAUUGAACAUUAGGGAUGUUGUGGGACUGAAUUAUAGAUCAAACGCAUCACUUCUGUGAUGAGAACGUCUCAUCCAGUAUAACAAUCCCUUCUCACAGCAAGUACUUUGACUCAUAGAAGCAGCAGCACAAGUGGAAGUCAUUAAGUUAAUGAAACUACAUUUCAUUUAGGUGAGCCAGUUCAGGACUGCAGGCUGACGGAUAGCUUACCGGCACUCUGAAUACCACUGAGCCAUCAUUAAAGUAAUUCAUUGCACUUGUGCUUUCUCUUAGUUUGUCAGUCAAGAAUGAAAUGUCUGAAAACGUACCCGAUGGAAUCUGUGACAUUUAACAGACGUUCAUGUUUUGCUCUGGAUAAGCUACAAGUUAGAAGUCCCUUACCUUUCUAGUUAGUGUCAUUAUUGUGUCAUCAUUUAAUUUUCAAUGCAAUAUUUUGCAUUAAAAACCUGCUAAAAGUACUUUAACCUCAUUAACCUCAGCUGUACUGUACCCUGAGCUAGCUAGCAAGUUUUAGCUUGCUAACAUGCUAAACCAUAGACUGUAUAUUUAAUAUUUAUAUACAGUUUUUUUUAUUUUAUAUACAGUCUAUGUGCUAAACCAAUUAAAUAAACACUGCACCUGCUAAACUGUAGCUAAGCUAGCUUUAGUAUUCUGUACAUUUAAGGUUAGCUCAAAGCGCCUCAUCUGCUAGCUUGUUUAGCUAACCUGUAAGUCUGCCAUGAUGAAGGCCUGUUUGGUUUGCUUCUGUCACUUUCUGAUAGUUUAUGGACCUUUAAGCUCUAGUCUGUUUUAAUAGUGUGCACUUUUUGAAGUCCUGUCACUGUGGUGCGAGUUAGCUCUCAGUCAUAGACUAUAAAUAUGGACGUGGUAUCGGUGACGUCACCCUUCUGUUUCUGAAGCGCUGUU